ACUAGUGGUAUUUCGCGCCUAAUCGCCAAUGUUUUGAUUUAACUCGUUAGUAGCAAUAAGGUGUUAUCGUAAAUAUCUUUUCUUUGUAAAUCUUAAUACAAUUUUUUAAAUAUGCCUCGGGAAAUGAUAACACUCCAGAUUGGCCAAUGCGGGAAUCAAAUUGGUGAUGAAUUUUGGAAAAAGCUUUGUGCUGAACAUGGCAUCAAUCCUGAGGGUAUCUUGGAAGAUUUUGCUGCAGAAGGAACAGAUCGAAAAGAUGUUUUCUUUUAUCAGGCUGAUGAUGAGCACUAUAUCCCAAGAGCUGUAUUGUUAGAUUUGGAACCUCGUGUCAUUCAUUCCAUUAUGAAAUCUCCAUAUGCUAAGUUAUAUAAUCCAGAAAAUAUUUAUCUGUCCGAAAGUGGGGGUGGUGCUGGAAACAACUGGGCUGUUGGACACACUCAAGGUGAAAAACUGAAUGAAGAAAUAUUUGAUAUUAUUGACCGAGAAGCAGAUGGAAGUGAUAGUUUAGAAGGUUUUCUUUUAUGCCAUUCUAUAGCUGGUGGAACAGGGUCAGGAAUGGGUUCAUAUUUAUUAGAAAGGAUAAAUGACAGGUUUCCAAAGAAAUUGAUUCAAACGUACUCAGUAUUUCCAAACCAAGAUGAAAUCAGUGAUGUAGUGGUUCAACCAUACAAUUCUCUGUUGACUUUGAAACGACUGACACAGAAUGCUGACUGUGUUGUUGUAUUGGAUAACACUUCUUUGAACAGAAUAGCUGUCGAUAGAUUACACAUAACCAACCCAACUUUUGAACAGAUUAAUGCAUUAGUAUCUACAAUUAUGUCUGUUAGUACAGCUACUCUAAGGUAUCCUAGUUACAUGAACAAUGACUUGAUUGGCCUUCUUGCACCUUUAAUACCCAUGCCACGUUUACAUUUUCUUAUGACAGGCUAUACUCCUCUCACUACAGACCAAGAGGUUGCUAGUGUUCGUAAAACAACAGUUUUAGAUGUUAUGAGGCGUUUAUUACAGCCAAAGAAUAUGAUGGUGUCCAAUGCAUAUGAUCGUAAUUCUGGUCAUUGUUAUAUAAGCAUUUUAAAUAUUAUUCAAGGUGAAGUGGAUCCUACACAGGUUCAUAAAAGUUUGAUGAGAAUUCGUGAAAGAAAGCUUGCCCAGUUUAUACCUUGGGGCCCAGCAAGUAUUCAGGUUGCUCUGUCACGUAAAUCUCCAUAUAUUCCUACAGCUCACCGAGUUAGUGGCCUCAUGUUAGCAAAUCAUACUAGCAUAUCCAUGCUCUUUGAAAGAACUCUGAAGCAGUAUGACAAAUUACGUAAAAAUGAAGCUUUCCUGGCCCAAUUCCGUAAAGAAGAUAUGUUUAAAGAUAAUCUUGAUGAAUUUGAUAACUCUAGAGAAACAGUGCAACAAUUAGUGAAUGAAUAUAUAGCCGCUAAAAGAAAAGAUUAUCUCACCUGGGGAAUGGAGCAGGCAGAAAAGGAGUCUGCAAAUUAAAAAAAGAAAGUCACCUGGACAUUUUUCUUAUGUACAGUCAUAUUGACGAUAUAAAUGAUCUUUCCUGUGAGAAGAUUUCUAGUUAUAAAUGUACUUCCAUUUUUACUGAUCAAGAAUUGUUAUACAUUUGAGCUCAUUUCUCAGUAUUAUAACUGUUGAAAGAGUUAUUUUGGUUUGUGAAAUCAUCAUACUACUUCCAUUGAUUAAGCAAUUGUUACAUUUUGCAACUUCAACCUUUUAGCUUUCUUUUUUUAAAUAACUUAUUAAUGAGGCAUAAAGAAGCAGUGCUCAUGCUAACAUUAACCUGAAAGUGGCCAUAACAGUUAUGUAAAUUGUAAAGUAUUUGUAAAUAUUAAGUGUUGAAAAUAAAUAAAGCUGCAUGGUUUGUGUUAAUGGCAAAAACUGUAUGUGGAAUAUAUAUAUGUGUGUGAAUUUCAUUGUUCUUUGUAUUUAAACUUGUUAGUCGAUUGUUUUAAGCUUUUGAUUUUUAUUGUACUAAAAUAAAGAUAUGUUGAUCA